AUGUCAUUAUUUAAAAAGAAAACAGAUACAUCGGACGGCAAUACUGGGAACCCCCAAUUAAAAACAAAAUGGGGAAAAGCAAUAACCCAGGUUACAGAGAUACAGACGAAGAAAAAGACUGAAGUGGAGUGUUUCCUUGAGAGAUUUACAGUCACUGGGAGGUCUUUUUCUGCAGAGAAUGAAGCUCCUGUAUACCACUUUAAGGACAUCUUCAAACCAAAGUUCUGGAAGGAGGUUACGAUUGACCCAUCAGGGACCUCCUACUACUACUUUUCGCUGGCGUUGAUGUUAUGUGUGCUGUACAAUCUACUCAUCAUCAUCCUACGCUGUGUAUUCCCUCAGCCACAUGAGAGCUACCUCAUCGUGUUCCUUACCAUUGACUACUUUUGCGACGUUGUCUAUCUCAUUGACAUGUUCUGUACAUCCAGGAUUGGUUUUUUGGAGCAGGGAUUGUUGGUCAGGGAUGUACCCAGGCUUAGAAAGAGGUACAUGAACUCCUGGAAAUUUAUGUCAGAUAUAUGCAGCCUGGUACCGUUUGAUCUUGUGUAUCUUGCCAUAGGAGUCAGGGCAUACCUACGAUUUAAUAGGUUGGUAAAAAUUUGGAGAUUUAAGCAGUUCUUUCACAUGGCAGAGACACACACAAACUAUCCGAACCUCAUCCGAGUGUCCAAUCUGAUUUUGUACAUUAUCAUCAUCAUUCACUGGUUUGGUUGCAUCUACUUCUUCAUCAGCUCAAUAAUUGGGUUUGGAUCAGAUGACUGGGUGUACAAGGAUCCGGCUGUGAACCCUGGAUUUGAGAAGUUUUGGCAGCAAUAUUCUGUGUCUUUCUAUUGGGCGACCCUGACACUCACUACUAUAGGUGAUACUGAGUAUCCCGUGACACCAGAGGAGACCUGGUUUUGUAUCUUAUGCUCCCUCAUGGGGGUGCUCAUUUUUGCCACCAUCUUUGGUAAUGUUGGUGCCAUGAUCAAUCACAUGGAUGCGUCCAGAACAGAGUUUCAGAAUAAAGUUGAUAAUGUGAAGAGAUACAUGGAUCUCAGAGGAAUAAGUCCGGAUCUUCAGGAGCGUGUUGUCAAAUGGUUUGACUACACAUGGAACAAUAAGCAGUCUAUUGACGAUAAAGAAGCACUGAUGUUUCUUCCUGAAAAGCUAAGGGCUGAACUCUCAAUUCAUGUUCACAUGUUCACAUUGAAAAGAGUGGCCAUUUUUCAGGACUGUGAACCUGGUUUGUUGGUGGAAUUAGUGCUCAAACUUAAACUACAAGUGUACAGUCCAGGAGAUUUCAUUUGCAAGAAAGGGGACAUCGGAAAAGAGAUGUACAUUAUCAAGAGAGGGAAGCUACAAGUAGUGUCAGAGGAUGGUACCAAAGUGUUUGUUACGCUAAGUGAUGGUGCGGUAUUUGGAGAGAUCAGUGUUCUCAACAUUGCAGGGAAUAAAACAGGCAACCGGAGGACUGCAAGCGUAAAAACAGUUGGCUACUCAGAUCUUUUCUGUCUUACAAAGAAUGACUUGUGGGAAGCUCUAGAAGAAUAUCCUGAUGCAAAGAAGAUGCUGCUUGAGAAAGGAAAACAGCUACUUAGAAAAGAUAAACUUCUGGAUGAGGAGGCUGCUAUAAGGGAAGAAAAGAAACAACAGGCUUUAGUGUCAAAGAUUGAGAUGAUAGUGGACGCUGUAGAUGACAUUCAGAAAAGAAUUGAAACAUUAAGUGAGAAAGUGGACAGGAAUGCUGCACCAUUUUCCCGAUCAAGAAGUCUAACAAUGAUGGACAUGGGAAGAACAGCUCCCAUAACACCGGUGGAAACACCUGAGGUUUCUCCCUCUCAACACAAGCCACCUUCACCCAUUCCUGAGGAAGAUGAAACUCCUGGCAAAGACAAAAAUAAAGAGAAUGAUGAUGUAAAGAAACAAACAAAGACAGAGAAGCCUGCUGACAGUGCAAAGCCUAAACCUGAUAGCAAAUAAAAUAAUUAUGGGUGUACAUGUAUUUCUUUAUAAAAAGAAUAAAAAAGAGAUUCACACAAAUUAGGGAAUCCAUUGCAACAUGUUCUAAAUGUAAGGAUAAUGUUAAAAAUCACAUUCCUGUACUGGCAUUUGUACUGGCAAUGACAUUGAACUAUUUUUUGCAGAAUUAAGUGAUUAAGAGUAUUAUGAAAAAUAGAAAAAUAAAGUUAUGGUAAUUGUGAAGAUGUACAUUCCAGUGCUUUUAUCCAGUGUGACAACUAAAAUAUUUUUCUGUCCUUUUUCAUAGAAAAUAUGUAAGGUGUUAAAUGUUUAAACAUUUGAAUACCAAUGUAAAACUGUUUUG